UUUACUUAACUAUUUUUCCCUGUUUCUGUGAAACGUAGAGAGCAAAUACCACUCACCUUGAACCUCAGGUCUAAAUUGCAGCUGCCAAGUGCCAAGAAAGAAAAAGAGCUCAGUUUUUAAAAGCAAUGGAUUGCAUGCUGUACAAGGCUGCAAGAGAAGGAGACGUGGAGUUCUUGAAACAGUUUAUCCAAAGUGAUAAUCACAACCAUCUUCUCUUGCAUACAAAUCAGGAGAACAAUAUUCUUCACAUAGCUGCAAAAUUGGGUCAUGAACCAUUUAUUCAUGAGGCUCUCCAAACAUCUCCCUUCCUUGCAAGUCAUAUAAACUCAAAGGGUGACACUCCCUUACAUGUCGCGGCGAGAGCUGGCCAUAUUGCUGUGGUAAAACUUCUCCUCAAAGACAAAAUAAGAAGAGAUGUGUUUAGAGUUGACUCAACUGAAACUCCGGGUACAACUGUUUUGAGAGAAAUGGAAGAGGGACAGAGUGGAGUUCCAAAGCUGUGGAGGAUGAAAAAUAAGGUUCAAAGCUUGGCUUUGCAUGAGGCUUUGAGGAAUGGACACGAGGACGUUGCACUUUGUUUGUGGGAACUAGACCGAGAAAUGGCUGGAGUUGUAACUAGUUUAGGUGAGAGCCCUCUAUAUUUAGCUUCUGAAUCAAGGUGUGAAGCAGUAGUGCCGAGGAUUUUAAUGUUCUUAAGACUAAAUUCAGAGAGAGUCGAUCUCUUGCGUGAUGCUGUUAGAGGCCCAGAUGGGCAGAAUCCUCUGCAUGCCGCAGUCCUUGCAGGAAGCACUGAAUGCAUUGGUUAUCUACUAGAAGAUGAAGAUAUUUUGAAACUCAUUAAUCAACCUGACGUUAGUGGAAAGACUGCCCUUCACUUUGCAACAGAAGCCAGAGAGAUAAAUAUUACACGUGAGUUGCUUAAGAGAAGUACCUCAUCUGCAUAUCUGCGAGACAGAAAUGGCCGGACGCCAUUACUGGAAGCUGCCAGCUCAGGAAACUUUGAUGUCUUUCAGGAGAUACUCCAACACUGUCCAGACACUAUCGAGCUCUGUGACCCGACUGGCCAGAACGCACUUCAUCUUGCUGUGCUCAACAACACGAUGCAAAAUGUUAGGGAAUUCUUGCAUUUGCUAGAGAUUAAGGAGCUUGUGAAUGAACCUGACGAGGAAGGCAACACACCCUUGCAUUUAGCUGUCAAGAACGAGAACUACAAGUUGGUGAGAAAACUGAUGGAAACUAAGUGUGCGGACUUGAGAACCAAGAACAAUAGAGGCCUCACAGCUCUAGACAUCUGCGAGUCCGACUGGAAUCUUUCUUAUAGACAGAAUUCUCUCCAUACAUUCCUGAGAGGGCAAAAUGCACCCCGAGGUAGACAGCCCUAUAAUUAUUGGAAGAUCAAUCAAAAAUCAAAGAACGCAUUAAACCACCCUAACGCAGACUUAAAAAAUUUAGCGAACACAAUGUCAGUGGUUGCUGCACUUCUUGCUACGUUAACUUUCGCUGCUGCUUUUACAUUACCAGGGGGCUACCAUGCUGAUGAUAAAGAAAUACAGAAAUAUUCAACAAAUGAUAAAAAUAAAACCCUAGUAGGUUCUUCAAUCCUCAUAAAGAAACUAUCACUUAAGGUAUUUGUGUUGGCUGAUUCAGUUGCAAUGUGCUGCUCCAUGACAGUGGUGUUUCUCCUAAUUCUAGCAAUGGUUGGUGACACUGCCUUUUUGCGGUCAGCAAUUAUAUACAGCAGGAACUUGCUGAAUAUCGCCCUUUUGGGAACGUUGGUCGCCUUUAUAACUGGAUUGUACACUGUAAUAUCACCUCAGAGUAGAUGGUUAGCCAUCAUUGUCAUUAUCAUGGGCUCCAGUGUUCCAUUUCUCAUCAAAUUUUUGCGCCGCAAGUCUUCCACUUCAUCCCCUCUUGUUAUAAAAUAUCUCAAGGGAACAAUGAAGAAACCCGUGAUCUCCUACAGCCCUGGAAGAAGGCGUUCUAAUCUUAAUAUUAGUUAUGGAUUCAGUCAAACCAAGUCACCUCGCUGGUACUAAUUAAUCUAUUUGGCAAGACCAUUCUGUUUUCUUCUUUUAAUAUCAUGUGUAUAUUGUAAUCCUAAUACCCUUCUCUAAAAGUUCUUUUAGGACCUUGUUUU